AUGUCUGAUAAUAUUACUCCCUUACCACAAGGUGCUGGUUACGCCGUGGUGGUUGGCCUAGGGUUUUUCUUUGCCGUUGGUAUGGUUGCAACCACGUUUGCUUUAAAGCGUUAUAACAAAGAAGUUAUGACUGCAGAAGAGUUUGCAACUGCUGGUAGAUCUGUGAAAACCGGUUUGAUUGCAGCAGCGGUGGUGUCGAGUUGGACAUGGAGUGCUACAUUACUUACUAGUACAUCCCAAGUUUUCAGAAAUGGUGUCAGUGGCUCAAUAUUUUAUGCAGCUGGUGCAACCGCCCAGAUUACCCUUUUUGCUUGUUUAGCCAUUAAAGCUCGUGAAAGAGCACCUGCCGCACAUACAUAUUUGGAAAUUGUUAAAGGUAGAUACGGUACCAUCACCCAUUGUGUUUAUAUUUUCUGGGGAUUCUGUACCAAUAUCUUGGUGACCGUGAUGUUGCUUGCUGGUGGUAGUGCCACAGUUAAUGAUUUGACAGGUGUGCAUCCAGUUGCGGCUUGUUUACUUAUUCCUUUGGGUGUUGUUGUUUACACCCUUUUUGGAGGACUUAAGGCUACCAUCUUGACUGAUUAUGCCCAUAAUGUUGUGAUGAUUGUGGUGAUCAUGAUUUUUGGAUUUGUCACGUGGGCCACGUCUUCCAAAUUAGGUUCACCAGGAGCAGUGUGGGACUUGGUAACUGCGUAUGCUGAAACAAAUCCAAGAGAGGGCAAUUCACAAGGUUCUUAUUUGACUUUACGUUCCAGAUCAGGAGGGAUGUUUUUCGUUAUCAACAUCAUUGGUAAUUUCGGUACCGUUUUCUUGGAUAAUGGUUAUUUCAACAAAGCAUUCUCCGCAAAUCCGGUUUCUAGCUACAAAGGUUACAUUUUGGGAUCUCUUGCCUGGUUGCCUGUUCCUGCUUUCACUUCGCUUACUAUGGGUCUUGCUGCUUUAGCAUUACAAAACACCGAGUAUUGGCCACUGGGUAGAGGAGGAAUAACUGAUGCUGAAGUAGCCGCAGGGUUAGUUCUUCCAAACGCUGCAUCAGCUCUUCUAGGGCAAGCUGGGGCUGUUUUGGCUUUGAUUAUGGUCUUUAUGGCUGUCACAUCUGCCAUGAGUUCGGAAUUGAUCGCUGUAUCCACUAUUGCCACCUAUGAUAUUUACAGAACUUAUGUCAACCCAAAUGCUACUGGUAAGAAAUUAAUCUGGUAUUCACAUGUAUCUGUUAUUAUUUUUGCUUAUUCUAUGGCUGGUUUUGCUAUUGGCCUUUAUUAUGCAAAGGUUGCCAUGGGUUAUUUAUAUGAAAUGAUGGGUGUUAUUAUUGGUGGUGCAGUGUUAUCAUCUACAUUAACAAUAUUGUCUAAGAAGCAGAAUUGGCACGCUGCUACAUUUACUCCAAUCAUUUCCACUUCUUUAGCUAUCAUGGCUUGGUUGGUCUGUACCAAAACACAAGAAGGAUCUGUGAAUUAUUUGAACACAUUCUUGGAUGAUCCGAUGUUGACUGGGAAUUGUGUUGCGUUGUUAUCUCCACUUGUCAUCAUUCCAGUUCUUACUUUUGCAUUUAAACCACAAAAUUUUGACUGGAGUUUAUUAGAUCUGAGAAUUACCAGGGUCGACGAAAAUGAAGAAUUAGCAGAUGCCUUGGGAGAAGUAAACUCCAGUGAUCCAGAAAGAUUGAGUCCUAUUAAAUCCCAGAUCUCUGUUAUUGCUAGUCAAUUGGUUGAGGGUGAAAGAGAAAGGUAUGCUGAAGAAAGAGCAACAUUGAAGAAAGCAUUUAAGCUUUGUGUUAUCAUUUGUGUCACCAUCACCAUUUGUCUUUUAGUGUUGUUCCCAAUGCCAAUGUAUGGUACCGGAUAUGUUUUCUCCAAAAAGUUCUUCACCGGUUGGGUUGCUGUCUUUUUCCUUUGGUUGUGGUAUUCGACCUUUCAAAUUGUUGUUUUCCCAAUAUAUGAAGGAAGACAUGAAUUAUACCACACAUUCAGAGGUAUCUAUUGGGAUUUGACUGGUCAAACAUACAAAUUAAGAGCAUGGCAAAAUGAACAUCCUGAAGAGAUGCAUGCUGUUAGAUCUCAAUUACAAGCACAAUUAUCUGGUACUGCAACUAGUCAUGUUGUUGUCGAUGGUAAAGCAUUUAGAAGAUGA